AUGGAGCCUCAAGAGAUCUUGGAACACGAAGGAGGAGGCGCCCUGCGUACAAUCAAGGAUCUAUCAGCGGGCGCGGCCGGUGGAAUCGCACAGGUACUUCUUGGCCAACCAUUUGAUAUCGUCAAGGUUCGACUUCAAACAACGACCCAAUACUCGAGCGCUCUCGAUUGCGCUUCCCAAAUCCUGAAGAAUGAGGGCCCCCUCGCUUUCUACAAGGGGACUUUGACACCCCUCAUCGGAAUUGGCGCAUGCGUCAGUGUCCAAUUCGGAGCCUUCCACGAAGCCCGCCGGCGGCUAGAGGAACUCAACAGGAAGAAAUACGCCGACAGCACCCUCAGCUACGGCCAGUACUACCUCGCAGGUGGCUUCGCAGGAAUCACAAACUCCGUCCUCUCCGGCCCUAUCGAGCACGUCCGUAUCCGUCUCCAGACCCAGCCCCACGGCGCAGGGCGCCUCUACAGCGGACCCCUCGACUGCAUUCGCAAACUUACAAACCAGGGCGGUUUCGCUAAGGGCCUCUACCGUGGUCAAGCUGUCACUUACCUGCGUGAAAUCCAAGCAUACGGCGUGUGGUUCUUGGCAUUCGAGUUUUUGAUGAACCAGGAUGCAAAGCGCAACAACGUCAAGCGUGAGGAUAUCUCUAGUAUCAAGGUCGCGACAUACGGAGGAUUAGCGGGCGAAGCGCUUUGGCUAUCUAGCUAUCCGCUGGAUGUCGUGAAGAGCAAGAUGCAAUGCGAUGGGUUCGGCGCGCAGCAGCAGUUUAAGAGCAUGAGAGACUGCUUUAAGAAGACGUACGCGGUGGAGGGACUUGCAGGUUUCUGGAAGGGUAUCGGGCCGACUUUGCUGAGGGCUAUGCCCGUUUCAGCGGGAACAUUCGCUGUUGUCGAACUUACCAUGAGGGCUCUGGGUUAG